CAAAACGCAUUAAUAUAAAAAAUCCAUUUCUCACAAUUCAAAACAGACCUCUCCACACACACAAACACAUCAGGAAACCCUCUUCUUGAAGCCGAUAAGGUAUAUAAGCUACAUCCAUCAGAGAGAUAUGAAUGCAUCUCUAUAGGUCCAACCUGACCAAAUUAUCUCUCCAUUGAUUUGAACUAUAUGUGAGUGAUAUUGGGUGCAUAUAUACUACAACACCCUUGAAUCAUUCUGUCUGAAGAAAACAAUCAUGGCUGCUGAAUUAUUACCAGUUUUCCAGUCACUCAAACUGCAGGUGGAAUCAGUUGUACUGUUACAAUAGGUGAUGAGUACAGAAAUGGCAUUUUUCCACCCCAAUUUCAUGCUUCAAACUCCUCAUCAAGAUGAACACACUCACCCUUCCACUUCUCUACCUCCACUUCUUCCCUCUUGCAGUACUCCUCAAGAAUUUCAUGGAGUGGCUCCACUACUAGGGAAGAGAUCGUCGAUGGGAUUUUCAACAGGAAUCGAUGUCUGCGAAGAGAUGAACAAUCAUGGAGAGGAUGAAUUAUCAGACGACGGGUCGCAAGUUGGGGAGAAGAAGAGGAGGCUCAACAUGGAGCAAGUGAAGACGCUGGAAAAGAACUUCGAGCUAGGUAAUAAGCUUGAGCCCGAAAGGAAAAUGCAGCUGGCCCGGGCCCUUGGCCUCCAGCCCAGACAGAUUGCUAUUUGGUUUCAGAACAGGAGGGCCCGAUGGAAGACUAAGCAGUUGGAGAAAGAUUAUGACCUUCUCAAGAGACAGUUUGAAGCUGUCAAAGCGGAGAAUGAUGCACUUCAGGCACAGAAUCAGAAACUUCACGCCGAGAUAAUGGCACUGAAGAACAAGGAGCCAACAGAAUCCAUCAAUCUGAACAAAGAAACAGAAGGUUCUUGCAGUAACAGAAGUGAGAACAGUUCGGAAAUCAAGUUGGAUAUUUCAAGAACCCCAGCCAUCGACAGCCCUUUACCCGCACAUCCCACAAAUGCAGGCAGGCCCCUCUUUCCAUCUUCAUUGAUCAGGCCAAGUGGAGUGGCGCAGCAGCUCUUUCACAAUCCCUCCAGGCCCGAAAUUCAGUGCCCGAAAAUGGACCAAUCUGUUAAGGAAGAAAGCCUGUGCAAUAUGUUCUGUGGGAUGGAUGAUCAGACUGGAUUUUGGCCGUGGCUAGAGCAACAACAUUUCAAUUAAAUUGGGAAAACUCUUGGAUCGCGCUGACGGGGGUUCAAAUUGGCCUGCUGAAUUGCUAAAGAUUGCCCUUUUGGAAGAGACGGAUCGAGAUCGAAGACCAAGUUAGUGUAUUUGAUGAGUUGAUAUGAUCAAAUUUCAUGUUUUGAUACUUUAGCUUUGGUGUACAAAGUAGUAAAAGUUUAAGACCGGAAGUAUCUGAGGAGCUGGAGGGGAAUAAGCUAUAAGUUACUAAUGUAAACGGGUCAUCUCUUGCUUGCAUAUUACCAUCAUGUUUCUUGAUUUCAUUGAAACCCUGCAAAAAAUGUGUGCUUGAAAGUUGAAAUUUUGCUAGUUACCUGA